AUGGGUUCAAAGCCGAUCUCUGAUCUUUCUUCUCGGCUGCAACGUUUUCGUAUGAGAUUGCAAAAUUUCGACUACGAAGUUGUUCACAUCCCGGGGAAAGAAAAUGUAACUGCAGAUUUACUAUCAAGAAGCCCUGAAAUUUCACCAAUGGAUCGGGAGAAUGAGGUUAUCGAGAAUCUGGAGGAAGAAAUGUUUGUAAGAAGCAUAAUUGAUGCAUUGCCUUGUUCUGAUAAACGGCUGUUGGAAAUUAAGAAUGCCCAACAUGAAGACCCGGAAGGACAGGAGCUCUUAAAAUGCAUCCAAGAGAAUAGAUGGCGGAAAAAUUCGGUAUUCUGGAAGUAUCGCAAUGAACUCGCUUUGGAAGAUGGAUUAAUUGUUAAGGGAAGGAGGAUGUUCAUUCCAAAGGCCUUGAGAAAAGAAAUCUUAUCAAGAUUACAUGAGGGACAUUUGGGUAUAGUGAAAUGUCGGCGGCGUGCUCAAGAAUCUGUUUGGUGGCCAGGCUGUUCAACAGAAAUUAGUUCUACAGUGGAAAAUUGUCCAACAUGUAUAGAACACAGACUACAGCGAAAGGAGCCUCUGAUGUCUACACAGCUUCCUCAAGAGCCUUGGACCCAUUUAUGUGCAGAUAUUUUUAAAUGUAACAAAAACUGGUAUUUGGUAAUACAAGAUUAUUUCUCACGAUUUUUAGAGCUCAUCGAACUCAAUACUUUGACUUCAGCGGCAGUUAUUGGAAGGAUGAAAAACAUUUUUGCACGACACGGGAUCCCUCUAGAAAUUCGUACAGAUGGAGGUACUCAGUUUACUUCUGACGAGUUCAAAGGUUUCACAAAAGAGUACGGAUUUAGAGCUGUAACUAGAAGUCCACACUUUCCUCAAUCGAAUGGAGAAGCUGAAAACGCUGUAUCUAUAGCCAAGAGGAUUCUACUAAAGUGUCCGGAUCCCAAUCUUGGUCUAUUAGCUUACAGGACCACCAAAUUGGAAUCGGGGUUAUCACCUGCAGAGCUGCUGUAUGGUAGAAAACUAAGAACAACUUUACCUUCUCUCAACGACUUUCAAGUGGUUGGAAAAGAUCAAAUAGAAUCCUUUCGAAACUGUGACAAGAAAAUAAGAGACAGAGUUAAGAAAAACUUUGACAACAGAAGAGGCGUCAAAGAACUUCCACCUUUAGCUGUAGGAGAGAGAGUCUGGGUUAAAGUUAUAAGUGCGAAAGGAACCAUAAGAACAACAACCAAUCUACCUCGAUCCUACAUAGUAUCAUUGAGUAAUGGGAAUGAUGUAAGACGAAACAGAUGGCAUCUCAUUCCCCUACCAAGAAAAGAGAGUGAUGAUUCUGACGAUGUCUACCGUGGAAGGAGGGUGCAGCCAAACCACAAUGAUGGAAUAAGAAGAUCGAGCAGAACUAUCAGACCACCAAUAAGAUAUGAGUAA